AGGAAUCGGAAGCCGGUGCAGUGCGUAAAGGCCGACGAGCGCUGCUCCCGGUGCUCUUGGUCCGCGCAGCUGCUACCCGUGGGUGCCGGCCCGGUCUCGCGCUCGCCAUGGCUCUCAGCGACGCCGACGUGCAGAAGCAGAUUAAGCAUAUGAUGGCUUUCAUCGAGCAAGAAGCCAAUGAGAAAGCAGAAGAAAUCGAUGCGAAGGCAGAAGAGGAGUUUAACAUUGAGAAAGGUCGUCUUGUGCAAACGCAGAGACUGAAGAUUAUGGAAUACUAUGAGAAGAAGGAAAAGCAGAUUGAGCAGCAGAAGAAAAUUCAGAUGUCCAACCUGAUGAACCAGGCGAGGCUGAAAGUCCUCAGAGCAAGAGAUGACCUCAUCACGGAUCUUCUGAAUGAAGCAAAGCAGAGACUUGGCAAGGUGGUGAAAGAUACAACGAGGUACCAGGUGCUGCUCGAUGGAUUGGUCCUCCAGGGUUUGUAUCAGUUGUUGGAGCCCCGAAUGAUUGUUCGCUGCAGGAAACAAGAUUUUCCUCUGGUAAAGGCUGCCGUGCAGAAGGCGAUUCCUAUGUACAAAAUCGCCACCAAAAAAGACGUGGACGUGCAGAUCGAUCAGGAAGCAUACCUGCCGGAGGACAUAGCUGGUGGAGUUGAGAUCUAUAACGGCGAUCGUAAAAUAAAGGUUUCCAACACCCUGGAAAGCCGGCUGGACCUCAUAGCCCAGCAGAUGAUGCCGGAGGUACGGGGAGCUUUGUUUGGUGCGAAUGCCAACAGGAAGUUUAUGGACUAAGGCUUUGGGAGGUGCAGUACGCCCUCUGUUCCAUGACUGCGAUGCACAAGUUUCUGGUAUUUGAAGAAACAAGAUUAUCCACGUAGCUUCCUCUUCGCUGUUUUAAUGUUCUGUAUUUAUCGGUCAGUAGGUACUAUUGUGUCACUAACGCUUUCAAGCUCAUUGUUAACCAGUGGGCGAGAUUAAGGUCAGGUCAUCAAGAACCUGCCUGUCCGUCCCACAGAGGCUGCACCUUCUGUUGCUGCUGUGCCCCGUGAGAGGGCGCAGGCGUGGGCUGCUGCUCCCCCCGGUCUCGUGGCACAAGUGCUGUGUGUGAGGUGCCCGGCUGUUUGUGUCUCAGUGUGUGCAUCUUUCUAGAAAUAGUGGCUUCAUCCACUUGCACCUGUUUACCCUCCUACCAGCUAUAGUGAUUUCAAGUCUAAGCCAUGAGUACGCUAUAUUUAUUAAAACGAAAGGUUUCUGUGGAAGACACUAAA